AUGUCUUACUUUCCCACCCACAUCCACGACCACAAGCACUCGUCCCAGCUGGUCGAUAUGCACCUGGCCCUGGACCGAGAGGCGGCACCGUACCUGAGCAUCGCCUCCUCCAAGACGUCAAAGUCGCACAAGCAGUCGUCGUCGUCUGACGCAUCGUCCACAUACAGCAGAUCUAGCUUUCUCAGCACAAGGCGGCUGCUCAAGAACGCCUCUUCGAGAUGGAGCAAGAAGAGCGAAAAGGACUACUCGUAA